AUGGACGGGACAACCUUCUGGGACUCGGAGUUUAAGUGUGCUCAACUGGGUGGCCAUUUGACGUCGGUUUUGAACGACGAGGAAAAUCAAGCAUUGCUUGACCUGAUCACGAACGAGAACGAGGGUAUGAUGGUGUGGGUCGGAGCCCUGGCGUACUCUCGCAAGGCCGGGCCCCGGGUGAACCACUGGAUGGACGGGAGUGAGGCCAAGUUCGGGAACUGGGACCCGGCGCCCGACUACCAGAGUGAAAAGUAUUGCGGAACCAUGUUGCCAAGCGGAAAGCUGCAAAUGAGCGUCUGCCACGAGCACAAGAAGGGCCUUUGCAAGCGCGCAAUUGGCCAGGAGGCGCCCACCUUCACCAAGCCCGCGUGUGAAGUCGGCUGGUCGGGCUGCCCGUUGACUGGAUUCUGCUAUAAGACGGCCAACGGCAGGUCAAACAGCGGUGCUGCCCAAGAAUAUUGUCUGUCGCAGGAUGCCAAUCUCGCCUCGGUGACGUCGUUUUUGGAGAAUGAGGCUGUGCUCCGUACGGCUCAGGAGGGUGGAUACAAGAAGGUGUGGCUCGGCGCGAAAAAGGUAGCCAUGGGGCCGUGGACCUGGUCCGACGGUACCCCGUGGGACGUCGAGUUCUGGAACCCGACGACCUCCUGGAAUCAGACGACCAAUUGCGUUGGGAGCUAUACCGAGUCCACGGACGCGGCGAAACCCGACGAUAGAGAAGUCCACCGCUGGCAUGCGCUGGACUGUGAUGCGAAGGACCUGGUUGGAGUUUGCAAAAAGGCACCCGGCUCGUCUCCCAGCAAGGAAACGAAGGCC